AUGCCUCUAACCAGCGACUCCGUCUUCCAAAAGCCCGCCCGGGACAUGUAUAGGUUCGCCUCCCGCCGGAGCGUCGUCCACAGUACCGAGGGCAUCGUUAGCUGCACCCAGCCCCUAGCCGCCAAGUGUGGCCUGGAGGUUCUACGCGCGGGGGGCAAUGCAGCGGACGCCGCUGUUGCGGUCGCCGCCGGCCUGAACCUCACGGAGCCUUGCUCGACCGGCAUUGGCGGCGACAUGUUCAUCCUGUUCUGGGACGCCAAGGCCAAGCAGGUCAAGGCCAUGAACGGCUCCGGCCGCUCUGGCGCGCAGUACACGCUCGAGCACGUCCGUGGCAAGCUCGGCCUCAAGGAUGGCGAGGCUGGGGCGAUUCCUAAGCAGAGUCCCUUGUCCAUCACCGUGCCGGGCGCCGCGGCCGGCUGGGUCGACACGGUCGACAAGUUCGGCAGCGGCAGGGUAGACCUUGCGCGAAUCCUCGCACCGGCGAUUGAGCUCGCCGAAAAGGGAUUUCCCGUGUCUGAAGAUGCGGCCUACAGCUGGAUGGCCUCGGAGAAGCAGAUCCGCAACGCGUCGCCCAACUUUGCCGAGAUGCUCAAGAAGGACCCCUCGGCCGAGGGCGGGGUGCGCGCCCCGCGUCCCGGAGAAAUCAUGAAGAACCCGACCCUCGCGCAGACCUUUCGCCCCCUCGCCGCCGAGGGCAAGACUGGCUUCUACGGCGGGCGCAUCGGCGAGGCCAUCGUCAAGGUCGUCCAGGACCUCGGCGGCGACCUGACCCUCGACGACCUGCAGCACCACCUCGAGCAGGGCAGCGAGCCCGUCGAGCCCAUCUCGCUCAAGUUCCGCGGCCAGGGCCAGGAAGCGGGCGUCGAGCUGUGGGAGCACCCGCCCAACGGCCAGGGCAUCGUCGCGCUCAUGGCGCUCGGCAUCCUGCAGGAGCUGGAGAAGCAGGGCAAGAUCCCGACCUUCCGCCCCGAGGACGUCAACACCGCCGCGUACCUGCACGCCGUCAUCGAGGCGCUGCGCAUCAGCUUCGCCGACGGCAGCUGGUUCGUGGCCGACCCCAACGUCAGCGCCGUGCCGGCCGCGGAGCUCAUCUCCGAGGCGUACCUCGCCGAGCGCGCCAAGCUCUUCGACCCUGCCAAGGCCUUUGCGACGGUCUCGCACGGCGACCCGGCGGCGACCGCGUCCCCGGCGCUGCGCAGCAGCGACACGGUGUACUUUGCCGUCGCCGACGCCGAGGGCAACGCGGCGUCGUUCAUCAACUCCAACUACGCCGGGUUCGGCACCGCCGCGAUCCCCGCGGGCUGCGGCUUCACGCUGCAGAACCGGGGCGCCAACUUCUCGCUCGCGCCGGGCCACGCGAACGCGCUGGCGCCGCGCAAGCGGCCCUACCACACCAUCAUCCCGGCGAUGGCGACGAACUUGGCGGACGGCUCGCUGCACUCGGCGUUUGGCGUCAUGGGCGCGUUCAUGCAGCCGCAGGGCCACGUGCAGGUGCUGCUGGGUCAGGUGGUCGGGCGGCUGACGCCGCAGCAGGCGCUGGACGCGCCGCGCGUGUGCGUCGGCGCGGGCUACGACGAGCCCGGCGCGGGGGGCGGCUGGGUGGUCAGCGUGGAGGAGGGCAUGCCGGAGGAGACGGUGGAGGGGCUGAGGAAGCUGGGGCACAACGUGAAGGUGGUGUCGGGGCGUGGUCGCUCGCUGUUUGGGCGCGGCCAGAUCAUCCGCUACGUGGUCGACCCGGUUGACAAGACGCCGCUCUGGUCGGCGGGGAGCGAUCCUCGUGGUGACGGCGGUGCGUAUCCUUUGUGA